AUGAUAGACUUCACUGAUGAGGACCUCGACCACUAUCUGCAAAAUAAGGUGGAUCUCAGACAUCGGCGGGUGUCAAACGCAGUGGAGGAGGUUCAGAAGGUCAUCAGGGAUCUGACCGCAGAGGUCAGCACCAAGGACGGCCGCUUCCAGUCCAUCUCCAACUCCGGCGUCCACAAUGACACCAUAAAAGACCAGUCCACCCUAGUGGCUAAGUGGGCCAACCUGCUAAAGGGGAAAAGUGCCUUCAACCCUGCAAUCCAGGUCCUAACCCCCACCCUGUUCCUGAUUUCGGUGCCGUUGCGGGGGCUGGCGGGGUACAAGGAGCGGCGGGCACGGCAGUGGAGGUAUUACACGCUGAGUGGGUCGCGUCUGCUCUCGCCGGUCCGAGAGCCGGAGAAGCUGCACCAAUGGCUGGAGCUGGAGAGCUUCCUCAGCCCCGCCCAGGAGUGGCACGACGCCUGCGUGGCCAUCGAGGGCGACAUCGUCCCCGCCAAGGUUGUCAGCGUCUUCAAAGACCUGCUGGAGGCCGCCAUCAGGACCUGUGACCUUGAGAGCAGAGUUAGCGUUCUGGAGACGGUGGGGUCAGUGGUCCGAGUUGCCGUGGAGACAGCAGAGGCUCAGAUCGAGGUGGAGCUGGUCCCGACGGUGGAGGUGAUGAACUACUGGCCCAGAAAGGCCCGUUGGCCCAGGCUGCUGAAACGCUGGCCCUCCACAGAGCGGGUGAGCUGCACCAAGUCUUUCGGAUUCAACCUCAUGGCUACAUCCAGCUACCACUGGCUGCUCUCCUUCUCGCGGGCGGAGCAGGUGCUGCUAGGGGGCAUCGACGAGGACGGGGGCUGCCGCCGGAAGUGCUACCGGAUCGUCCGGCAGCUCAAAGAGGACGUGUGGUGUCAGGGGAGCAAGCCCGUGAUCACUACCUACCAUCUGCAGACCCUGCUCUUCUGGACCUGCGAGAAGUACCCCAGGUCCAGGGACUGGAGGAACCUGAGGGAGAGCGUGUUGCGGCUGGCCAAGAAGCUCCACAAGUGCGUCAGCCAGCGCUACCUCCGCCACUACUUCGUCCGCAGCUACAACCUGCUCAAGUACACCAACACCAACGAGCUGGACGUCAUGGCCAAGAAAAUCUGCGACUUCCUGGACAACCCAGGCAUCUACAUACACUAA